AUGCGUGGCUCGAUUCCAAGUGCCGUUCCUCCGGUUCCUUUCGCGCUUACCCAGAGUCACGACGCAGAUUGUUGGCAGCAUAAUGACGAGUUUGAUUCCAUCAUAGUGGGAGGAAGCACCGCAGGCCUGGUGCUAGCAACUCGACUCAGCGAGGCUUUACCUAGACAUUGUAUCGCUGUGAUGGAGUCAGGAUCAGAUGGGUGUAACGAGUCGAAGAUCUAUAUCCCGGGCCUCCGAGGGUUCGCGUUUGGGUAUACAUAUGAUUGGAGCCUGCCAAUGGUGCCGCAGUUGCACAUGUGGCCGGGCCUAUAUAGAUCGCUCUUGCUGAGAAUCUACCGCCAUACGUCUAAGCUGGCAUUCCUUACUUGA